AAACGCCACAGAACGAACACUUUUCAAAUCAAAUGGCACUGCCACUGCCAUCGACGACAUGAACCUUCCCUUUCAUCAAACUCCGUAAGCCAUAAUGAGCAACAGCUCCAUGUCACGAAACAUAGCCAAACGCUUCUUCCCGUUGCUCUUCACACCGAAACUUCAUUUUCUCGCUAACCCGCUACAUUGCCCACCACGUGUUCGACGUUAUCACCGCAUCAACAAAAUUAAUUGGCAACACAAAACUUCGCACCCUUCUUUCUCUCCAACGCCAUCUCCUGCGUUCUCUUCUUCUUCUUCUUUUCACAAGUUUGGACUCGUGCAAUGGUAUCUGAGUAAGCUUGAAACUCAUCCGGUUGUCACCAAAAGCAUAACAUCCUCGCUUAUUUUCACCGCUGCUGACUUGACUUCACAGAUGAUUACAUUACCCUCUUCUUCUACUUUGUAUGAUUUAAAAAGGACGUCCCGCAUGGCAAUAUACGGGUUGCUAAUCUUGGGGCCAUCACAGCAUGUGUGGUUUAAUUUUCUGUCCAAAAUUUUCCCAAACAGAGACAUUCCAACAACCUUGAAGAAAAUUUUCAUGGGGCAAGCUGUAUUUGGUCCUGCGAUCAAUACUAUUUUCUUCUCCUAUAAUGGUGCUGUACAAGGUGAAAGUGGGCCUGAAAUUAUUGCCAGGUUGAAGCGAGAUCUACUUCCUACAUUAUUAGGUGGUGCUCUGUAUUGGCCUAUAUGUGAUUUUGUCACCUUCAAAUACAUUCCAGUCCAUUUACAGCCAUUGCUGAAUAGUUCCUGCGCAUAUAUGUGGACCAUUUAUUUAACAUAUAUGGCAAACCGAAAAAAUGUGAGCGAUGCUUAGAGCUUGGUUUGUAUAUUUGUAGAUUUAGUAUUCUCAAGUAAUUUCUCAUUGCUUAGCAUAUCUAUCGGCGGAGAUUUGUGACAAGAGAUACAAAAAUCUUUGU